AUGCUCACUCUUUCGCAGCUCGCAGCCCUGGGGCUAGCCGUCAGUUCUUUGUGCUCGGCGACACCCGAAGCAGCCGGUCAGUCGCUUAUCGCCAACAGCACCAUCGUUCCCAGUGAGGCUGCUGCUCGCAAGAAUGCAUUCGCCAUCUUCAACAGCCUACACUCGGCCCUGCGUCAGUGGGGAUCUUCACUCAACCAUAAUGGCAUGUCCCUUUUCUUGGUGAUUAUCCCUCCGGGAGUUGUCCUUCACCACGGCACCCAUUCACCAAUCCCACCUAAGGGCCCAGAAUGGCUUGCCUUUGAGAUCGAACAUGCCGAACAAUUUGCUCGAGCAAGGCACAAGUUCCCCCCUCCUUCUUCUCCAGGCAGUGAACCUGGGGGUCGUCCAGGAGUCUCCCCAGGACCUCCUCCGUUCCCAAAUGCGAAGGAUGAGCAACAUCCCUUCCCUUUUCCCCCGGCAAUUUCCUCCAAGGAUCAUCUCCCACAUCCAAAACCUUGGACCAAGGUUGGCGGAGAAGAGGAAAGCCAUGGCUACCUCCACACAUACCGAACAAUUGCCCCUCUACCACUCCUCUACCUAGAUGGUACCUCGGCAGGCAACACCCCACAAGGCACACUUGAUACCCAAGACUUCCUGCUCCGACUCAAUCGCACAGCUGAUAUCAUGGAUGAAUGGGGUCGCGCCAGAGAACUGUGUGACUUGGUCACCGCAUGGGGCCUAUCUGGAGUAAUCAGAAUGGAAGCUGGCUUUGAAGUCAUCCUCUGCGACUUCAAGGAUCCAGCGAUCAAGUUUGACGGCGCUAGACAAAGGCCUGAUGCCAAGUUCGAAAGACCACCUGGCCCACCCGGGUCAGGAAGGCAGGAUGAGGGUGAGCAGGUGAGGAUCUUUGAGUACAUGCGUGCCGUUGCAAGGCGGUACGAUGGGAUUGGGUCGGGGAGGGCAAAUAUCGAUUGGAGAGCGGUUGUUUCAGCGUUGUGGUAUGAUGUCGAUGUGGUCUGGGAGAGGGGUAUGCCGCGGUUGUCGGGUUUGACGGAUGAGCAGCUUAAGGGCCUUCGCUCGAGAAUUGAGGAGCUUGUGCGGAAGAGGGGUUCAGGUGCAGAGACCGAGAGCGGGAUUGAUUGGCAGGCUGUGGUGGAUAUGAUUGUGGCGAGGUAUGCAGAGCGCCUGCAGGUUAUGGUUCAGGAUGAAUCAUUGCUUCAACUUAUCCGAGUGGAGGUUAGCUCACUUCUGGACACGUACAUCGACUAUGGAGAGAAGGAUGAGGGCUUCAGCGCUGCGAUGGCCCGUUGCGCAAAGAUGUAUACUUCGCCCCUCACCCUUACGACAUUAGAAGACCAUGCCAUCCUCGCUGCAGUUGAGACAGUCACCUUCGCAAUCUGCACCGCGCUCUUUGAUGUCCGCAAGCUGGUUGUUGAGAAUGAAGAUGCCGACGAAGCUGCUGUGGAGAAGGCGAAGCAGGUCGUCAAGAACUUGAUGCAGAAGCUUGGCUGGACAACCUUCAAGAAGUGCACACCUGGCUGCGGGUAUGGUGAGGUCUGUUUCAUCCCGAUGUGGCCGUUUGGCGAUCGCGACUCGUAUAAGAAGCCGAACUGUCGCAAUGCGACGACAAUUACUAGGGGCUGGUGGGAGAACAGUUACUGGGAUUGGAUGUUCCCUCGGAAGCCCCCCAGCGAUGGAGAGGGGUCGCGGAAGGGGUUAGAGAGGGGAAAUGCAGGGAAUCUUUGA